UGUACGUGACGCUGUGUCAUAAUCACGUUUCAUUUUUUCGCGUGGAUCAUCGAGAAUAUUUGUACAUUUCUUUUCCUUCGUCAAUCUUCAUCCUACAAUAAAAUGACAUCCAAGGUUUCCCGUGAUACCCUUUACGAGUGUGUGAACGGCGCGCUCCAACACUCGCAGGAGAAAGAGGAAUUUUUGGAGACUAUAGAGCUUCAGAUUGGUUUGAAGAAUUAUGAUCCGCAAAAGGAUAAGCGUUUCUCAGGAACUGUCAAGUUGAAAAAUAUCCCCAGACCAAAAAUGCAAGUAUGCGUUCUUGGUGAUCAACAGCAUUGCGAUGAGGCUAAAGCUAAUAAUAUUCCAUUUAUGGAUGCAGAGGCACUGAAAAAGCUUAAUAAAAACAAGAAACUCGUCAAAAAACUCGCAAAGAAAUACGAUGCGUUCUUAGCGAGCGAGUCAUUGAUUAAACAAAUUCCUCGUCUUCUCGGUCCCGGUUUAAAUAAAGCCGGUAAAUUCCCUGGACUAUUGUCUCACCAGGAAUCGAUGGUUGGCAAAAUCGACGAGGUCAAAGCCACCAUCAAGUUUCAGAUGAAGAAGGUAUUGUGUCUGUCAGUAGCUGUCGGACAUGUUGAUAUGACACCGGACGAAUUAGUGCAAAAUGUUCAUCUCUCGAUAAACUUCCUCGUUUCGUUGUUGAAGAAACACUGGCAGAACGUGCGUUCGCUUCAUAUAAAAUCUACCAUGGGACCACCACAGAGAUUGUAUUAAACUUGGUGCAAAUACAUGUCGAAUAAAUUUGUUCACAUUGAAAGAAAAAAAGUA